AGUCAAGGUAGGGUAUUUUGUCCAGAUUGGUCAGUGAGUACAUCAGUUCAGCUAAUCAUUUAUGAAGCAAAAACAAUGGGAAUUGGGAGGGUCUGUGUCUGACCCCGUCAUAGGUAAACAAGGCGGCAAGCGUGAGUCACGUCUAAAUCGCAGGGGGAAGGGUGGUUCCUUGCUGUAAACCCUUUCAGGAACACAAAGGUGUGGGGACAUUUCUUUAACCGUCGCUUUCCAGAAUCACAGGGCUCAGGUAAAGUUCAACAUUGUCAGAAUGUAGGGAAAUCUCUCCACGGAUUCAAUCAGAGCUGAAGAGGCACAGAGUAAGGCAAAAAAGAAUGAAAGAAGUAGAUAAUCUUGAAAGUAUCAAAGAAGAAUGGGUUUGUGAAACAGGAUCUGACAGCCAACCUCGCAGUGAUAAUCGACAAACAAAUUGUGAAUAUUUUGUUGACAGCCUUUUUGAGGAAGCUCAGAAGGUUGGUGCCAAAUGCUUGUCUCCCACUGAACAGAAGAAACAGGUAGAUGUCAGUAUAAAAUUAUGGAAAAAUGGAUUCACAGUCAACGAUGAUUUCAGAAGUUAUUCUGAUGGUGCAAGUCAGCAGUUUCUGAACUCCAUCAAAAAAGGGGAAUUGCCUAUGGAAUUACAGGGAAUUUUUGAUAAAGAGGAAGUGGAUGUUAAAGUUGAAGAUAAGAAAAAUGAAGUAUGUAUGUCAACGAAGCCUGUGUUCCAGCCCUUCUCAGGACAGGGUCACAGACUGGGAAGUGCCACACCAAAAAUUGUAUCUAAAGCAAAGAGUAUUGAAGUUGAGAAUAAAAAUAAUUUGUCUACUGUCCCGCUAAACAACCUGGAACCCAUCACUAAUAUACAGAUCUGGUUAGCCAACGGGAAAAGGAUUGUCCAGAAAUUUAAUAUUUCUCAUAGGAUAAGCCACAUCAAAGACUUCAUUGAAAAAUACCAAGGAUCUCAAAGAAGUCCUCCCUUUUCUCUGGCAACGGCUCUUCCUUUCCUCAAAUUGCUAGAUGAAACACUCACAUUGGAAGAAGCAGAUUUACAGAAUGCUGUAAUCAUUCAGAGACUCCAAAAAACUGCUGAACCUUUUAGAGAACUCUCAUAACAUUGAUUUUUGAUACACUAAAUCAAAAGUGGAAAGUUUGCAGAAAAAUGAUGGUUUUAAGUGGACGUGCAAACCAGAAUGGGGGAAAGGAAAAGUCAGAUGCACUGGAUUUUUGGUUUGAGUACUAUUUACCUCCCUCCUGAUGAGAAAGUUUUUAAAUAAGUACAAGUUAGGAAAAUUUACGACUAUAACUGGAAACUGUAUUCAAUGCACUUUUUCCAAAAGGCUACUCAGAAAGAAAAAUAUACUUAUUUUCAAAUACAAAUUAUUCAACAUAAGAUAUAUUAAAUAUCUAUAUCAUUUAGAAUCUUAGUAUGGUAUAAACUAGCAAAUAUGUUCACAGCAUCAUUCAUUCAAACAUCAUUUCCAAACUGAUUUACUUAAAUCUUAGCUGUCUCAGAUUUUUUAAAUAGCAAUAUAUUUAAAAAUUAUAUAUGGCAGGUUAAAAGCAUCAGUGUACUUAUUUCAAACCUGGGUUACAAUCAAAAGGCUGAAGGAACUGCUUUCACCACAGCUGUGCCUAAACCUCAACGUGUUCUCAAUUUGUAUUCUCUAAUGGCAAAAUAUACUCAAAUGUUAAUUUGGCAAUAGUAGCUAAGAUGUAUUUUCAUUUAAGAAUAAAAUUGUGUAGCUUAGUGUAAUGUCAGUGUUAAUCUGCAUACUCAUAGUUGUACAUUUUCAAAAAAUUCUUUUCUCUCUAAGAACGCCAGUUCCUCCCCUGUUUUUUUUUCUUUUGAAAAUUAGGUAUUUGUUCUUAGCUAAUAUUUGGAGUAAACCAUUUGUGUGCCACCACUCACUUAGAAUUUGAUGCUGUGUUGUCACAUUUCUAAUUAAUAUUUUUAAAAUUUGUCACUGUAAAGUAUGGUUUUCUAUUCCGUAUAUCAGAGGCAACCUGUGAAUACAUUAGAGGAUUAUUUAUCACAUUCUGAUGUCACCAAGGAAAACAUGCUUUGUAUCUUAAAACUUUUAACUAAAACUCGUUAGACUUCAGUGUUUCACUGUCAGAUUAAAUUCCCUUGCCUGAAAAUAAGUUUAAGAAGGCUGUUUACAAAUGAUCUGUUGAAUCAUGUUUAAAGUGAAAUAGACAUCGAGUGUGCCAAGGAACUAAGUGGCCGUGCCUAUCACCAGUGAUGUUCAUAGGGUACUGGAUGUCGGCUGGAAAGAGCACCUCUCAGACUUUCUGGUCUCAAGACCUUUUGUUUAUGUGGGUUAUAUUUAUUGUAUUAAAAAUAAAAAUUAAAAGUUAUAAAAUAUUUAUUCAUUAGAAAAUAAUAAACACAUGUUAAUAUGAACAUUUUUAUGAAAAAUGUGUAUUUUCCAAAACAAGAAGAUUUAGUGAGAAAGGUGGCAUUGUAUUCCAUUUUUUGCAAACAUCUUUGCUGACUUAAGACAGAUGGAAUCUCACAUCUGCUUCUACAUUCAAUCUGUUGUGAUAUCACACAUCUUGUAGCUCUAUUAAAUGCUACUGUAUGUUCAUGAGAAAAUGAAAAAAAAAAACAAAUAACAUGUUAGUAUGAUUAUGAAAAUAGUUUUGACCUUGUGGACCCCCUGAAAGAACCAUUCUUAUAAAGCAGUGGUUUGCAGUGAUCUCAAGCCUUAGUCUAAGAAUCACUUGGGAAGCUUUUCAGAAUGCCUGCCUCUUCCUGCUGCCUACCACACACGAUCUGAUUCAUUGUAUUUGAGAUGGGUCGCAGGUCUCUGCAUUUUUCAUAUCAAAUGAUUCUUAGUUAUGUAGUAGAAGAACCAGUCUUUGGGAAAUCUUGCACUAAGCUUCCACCCUAAGAAAAUAAAACCUGCACGCUUCACCUCCCACACGGGAAGACUCUACUCUGAAAUGGGGCUGGUAGACCCCUAAAUUUCAUCCUUGUCCCUCCCAGUUUGUUCUUUGACUGUUCCCCUUUAACUCAGAACUAAUCAUGGCAUAAACCUAUGCUUUAUCUUCUAUGAGCACAGCUGAGACGAUGCUGAAACAUUUAAAUAAGGUUUUUAUUAAAGACUCAGGAAUAGCAAGGGAAAUACGUAACUAGAUGACCUGGUUUAUAAGAUACAUCUUCUGUUAGAGGUCCAUUUCCAUUUUAAGAAUGCUUCAUUUUCUAGCUCCCAGCCUUCCACAUGGUAGAGGCCUGUCUUUUUAUUAGGAAGAGAGGGAGGACAAAGGAGAGCCUUUUCCUUUUGUCCUUUACUCUCAGAAAUGAACAGAUAUAUAAUAGCAAAUAAAUAUUUAUUGUCAGUAAUAUUUACAGCUGUGGUAGAGCCCUCUCUAGUGAAACAAAAAUAAUGGCAUUCUUACAAAAAAUGAGAAGAUGGUCAAAUCAGUGAACUACACUUUCAGAUAUAAAAUAGGAUGAUAAUGUAUUUUCAAGAAUCUGUAAGAAAAUGUUUCAUAUAGGCCUAUCAUGAAACCUUUUAUAAUUUUCAUUUGCAUAAUUAGAGUCAAUAAGUGAUUCUCCAUAUAUUUAGAUAAAGGGGGCUCUGGGAAAUAAUUUUCUUGUACCUAUAGAAAAGCCUCCUUUGUGGAUUUUCCAUUUUAUAAUUAUUUAACCAGUAGACACAUUGGAGGUUUUCUUGUGUGUACAGUAGAAUACACCCCAGUGAGAGGUUCCUAUGGGGAAAGACCUGUCAUCAGCAAUAACCUUCAUUUUUGUAACUGUGAAAACUUUCAUUAAUGUGAAUAAUAUUCUCAGAGGUUUUCUAAAAUGAGAAUCAUCUGAUGAAGCUUUUUACCUGAAAGUUUAAAAUUGUAAAGUUGUUAAUUAAAUGUGUAGAAUACUCAAAAACAUGUUGACUUUAGAAAACAUAAACUGAAUUUGGCAAGAGAAGGCAAACUGGAAAAUGAGCAAGCAUCUUAGGUGUGGAAUACAAUUUGACCUAAGUUGUUUCAAAACUGUCAUUUAUCAGUUUCUUGAAAAUCAUUGUUAGGGCUGAUGUAUAGAAGUACAUUUCUAAUUUUACAGAUUUUAAUUUAUUGGUGAAAUUACUAUGCCUUAUCUGGGUUAUAAAAGUGAUCUUAUUUAUUUUGUAUAUUUCUCUCAUUCAGAAUAUUUUUCGUUAUGUUUCAUUGUGUUGAAAAUAUGUAUACAUCUAUUUCAGUGCCUUAUAAGUAUUUUAAAAGCAAUCUUUUGCUAAUGGUUAAAGAACUGUUGUCUUAAGGAUGAAAUACUAUUCAUUAAAAGGAUCUGGGAAAUAAUUUACACUUGUUUGUUAUAAACUAGUUACAUAUGGAUGCUUUUGUCAUUUUUAUUUGGCAAAGUCAUUCAGUUUGAGAAUCAAACAUUUAUUAGGUGCCUUCUGUUUGCCAGAUACUUUAACCAAUGUUACUUUCAUUUAAUACUCAGAAAUGUUAAAAUGUGAUAUUUUUAAUACUAAGUCAAUGGUUGUAUUUAUUUUUUGAAACCAUCCUUUUUGUCCUGAGUUGAAGACUCCUUGGUAGGGUUUACUCCUUUGUUCUUUCUCUUUCUAAGUAUAAAUGAUGUAAUUAAAAAACUGGUCAUAACACUAAA